UUGGACUCAGGAGAGAGAGAGAGAGAGAGAGAGAGAGAGAGAAUGGAAAAAUCACUAGCAGAGCUGGAGCGAUUCCAAACCCAAAUCCUAGAACGCAUAUCAAAGCUCGAGCUCGCCUCCUCUGCCUCUCUUCCCCAACACAGCUCUUCCCCCAUCCCUACCUCGACUCAAAAUGACGCCAUCGGCGCCACAGAAGCUCGUCUCUCCGCCAUUCUCCGCGCCAAUGGCGUGAAAGACUUCGCCUUCAAGAGGGUACCUGUCGAUUACUACGAUUGGUCUCUCGAUGACCGGCGCGACUUUCUCGGCGCCGCCUCCGUCCACCAUCUCUGCAAAAGCAUUGUCUUGGUUAACACUCAAGCCCAAUCUAGUGUGGUUGAUUGUAGUGACCGCAACAAUUCAAAGUAUUAUGUUGUGGUCGUUCAGUAUACUGCUCGGUUUAAUGCUGAAGCUGUAAAGAACUUCUUGUAUUCGCUCAACGAGGGGAAGAUAGCCAAGAAAAAGUUCAACUUGAGGCUUGCACCUGAGGAAACUUCAGUAGAAUUGACUGGAUUUGAACACAACGGAGUUACAUGUGUUGGCAUGAAAACAGACAUUCCGGUGAUCUUGGAUGAAGCAAUUCAGAAACUUAGUCCUGAUUUCUUCUGGUUGGGUGGUGGCGAGAUCGAUCUGAAGCUGGGCAUCAGAACCUCUGAAUUUAUAAACUUCGUUAAACCUUUUAUUGUCAGCUGCAGCAGUGCUUGAUUAAUCUAAAGAAACCACAAUCCAAAUUUAUAAAAGAAUACUUCAUCAAACAAGAGCGCAUAUUGAACCGCUGGUCCUGCCAAUCUUGAAUCUUGAUUAGCUUAUUUUUGGUUGAAUAUUUGUGCUACCAAACAUAAAUAUCUAGUUACUAUCAUGUAGCUUUUACUCGCACCAAAGAUUGAUUCAUUUCAAAACAUUGGGACCCAUAACCAACCACUGUAGUUUGUGUAUAGAGCAUGUGCUGGUUUCUUGCCAGCUUGUGAAACUCAGCCCCUAUAUGGAAGAUUUUGUGAAUUGCUACUGCUUUCUUAGAUA